UUGCAGGUUGGAAAGGGCAAAGAAAUUACAGGAACAGCGAGAAAAGGAAAUGGUUGAAAAACAAAAGCAGCAAGAAAUAGCUGCAGCAGCUGCAGCUACUGGAGGUUCUGUUCUCAAUGUUGCUGCCCUGUUGGCAUCAGGAACACAAGUAACGCCUCAGAUAGCCAUGGCAGCUCAAAUGGCAGCCCUGCAAGCUAAAGCUUUGGCAGAGACCGGAAUAGCUGUACCUAGCUACUAUAAUCCAGCAGCUGUGAAUCCAAUGAAAUUUGCUGAACAAGAGAAAAAAAGGAAAAUGCUUUGGCAAGGCAAGAAAGAAGGA